GGAUAAAUGUAGGCUAUAUUAAAAAAUAUAUAUAUUUAAAAAAGCAACGUAGCGUGUUUCUCUCACAGAAAGAAAGUUCGCAUCUCUCUUUCCAGAUGAUGCUGAUGCGAGAGCAUCUCCUAUCUCUUUGGUGGGUUAGAUAGAAAGGUCCAGUCGGACCCAUUUCAUUGCGACACCUGCUUUAUUCUGUCCACCAUUAACAACGGACGGACGGCUGUCAGAACAGAACGAAUGAGCAAAUAGCGGACAGAUCUGGACCAGAACAUCCGUCUAUCGCUCACCAUGAAACAGGUAGGCGAGGUUGCAUGUGUUGCUGUUUUAAUGAAAUCAUUUAUCCGGCGAGCUAGUGGUCUAACGGUUGUGUGCGCGCCGGUUCAGGGUCUCGUGGACGACACGGAGGAUGUGGAGUUGGAUUUCAGUACCGAGGAGGAGGAGCAGCGAGCGCUCAGGGGGGUAAAGAUCCGACACCCCCUUGCCUCCUUCCUGCACCUGUUCUUCCGAGUGUCUGCCAUAGUAACCUACCUGCUCUGUGAUUGGUUCACCAAGAGCUUUACUUCCUGCUUCAUUAUGAUCAUCACUCUGCUGUCCUGUGACUUCUGGUCCGUUAAGAAUGUGACAGGCAGGUUGUUGGUGGGUCUGCGAUGGUGGAACCAGAUCGAUGAGGAUGGGAGGAGCCUCUGGGUGUUUGAGGACAGCAAGUCUUCUCCCCAGGCCGGUGGUACGGAGGUGGAGUCCAGGAUCUUCUGGUCGGGUCUGAUCAUCUGUCCUCUCAUCUGGACCGGCUUCUUCUUCACGACCCUGUUCUGUCUGAACACAGACUGGCUGGUGUUGGUGGUAGCCAGUAUCUCUCUGCAGGGGGCUAAUCUCUAUGGUUACCUGCGCUGCAAGAACGGCGGACAGGAAGUCCCACCCACAUCCCCUUCCUCCUUCCUGCAGGGACAGCACUUCCUCCAGCGGCCUGAUAUCAUCUCCAGAAUGCUGUGAUGGAAUAGGAAUCACCUGCAGCUGCCUUCUCUGAGCGCGUGUGUGUGUGUGUGUGUGUGUGUGUGUGUGUGUGUGUGUGUGUGUGUGUGUGUGUGUGUGUGUGUGUGUGUGUGUGUGUGUGUGUGUGUGUGUGUGUGUGUGUGUGUGUGUGUGUGUGUGUGUGUGUGUGUGUGACAGACAGAGCAGGAAAUGUUCUGGAACUCAGAAGGGGACAGAAGCCCAUCAACAUCAAAGCUCCUGGAAUUACAUCAGUUUCAUAUUCAGCAUUUUAAUUAUUUUGAUUUAAUUUGAUAUUUUUAUGAAUAUAUAUAUAUAUAUAUUAUUUAUUUUUUAUUUAAUUUAUUUUUUAUAAUCUGUUUCCUGUCUGUCUGACGCCCUAUAAA